AGAAGCGCCUCAAAGCAAAUGACUGAAGUCGAUGGUAUAAUGCCGGAGGCAACAACACAAUCCGUUUCCUCAACGUCUUUUGCUACCAGUGAGGAUCAGAAUUCAGCACCUACGGAAGAUUGUACGCCCGCUGGCAUCGGUAAUGAUCAGCAGCAGCAAUUAAAGGACCAACAGAAUGGUUUAAACAAACAAACAAACAGCUGUGGACCUAUAUCAGAUGAACAAAUGGAGGUUGAUGGAGCUGAUACUGAAGAGGAUGAUUCUCAGAUGACAGCCUCAUCAACUACAGAAAAUGGUAGGGGUGCAGUUGGUGGUGGUGAUGGUGAUGAUAGUAAAAUGUCAACAGGCCAAGAUGAUGGUAAUGCCUCAGAAGCAGAUAAAGGUCAGAGCGCAGGUAGCAAAACAGGUACCUUAAGUGUUAGCAAACCCAUUGUUGAUCGGAAGGAGAAUUCACGUAAUUUUUGCAACGAAGAAUUACAAAACUCAAAUACAUGCACAGACAAAUCAGCUGGGGGUGAAAGUGACGAAGAUGUUGAUGAAACCCCACGUUCGCGUAGCACUGCGGGCGAAACAGCAGAUCCUAAUAAAGAUAGUAGCAAUGCGCCGAGUGAGAGCCUCGAGAGGCCUGCCACGGUUAGUAGUAACACUGGCAGUGUUAGUGAGCUGGAAGCCGCCGAUACCACCAGUCAAGAUGAGAAGGCUGUAAAAUGCAAAGAUAUAAUUUUAAAUGCCACAAAAGAUGAAACUGAUGACAGUAGAAGCGUUGGCGCUAAUGAUCCCAUGGACGUUUCUACUGAUCCGCUGUCCAUAUGUAGCGAUAUUAAAGCGUCAAAGCAAAACAAGGAAAAUGGUGUACGAAUGGGCAAUGACGCCAGUGGCUUUGUUGACCUGGGCGAUGAUUCAGACGAAGAAAUUUUACCAACUGCAAAGUCAAGCGAUGCAGCAAACGCUAACGCACCUGCCAACGCUGAUAACAGUGAAUUGACGACAAAAGCCGCUGCUGUACGUAAAACAGGCUCAAUAUGCAGUGACUCAGAUGGUGCUGUAGUUAUAGCCUCAGAUUCAGAUACCGAAGCAAAUUCAAAGGCUACUAAGCAAAAAGCAUGCAAUGAAACAACACAAGUAAUUGACGACGACGAAGAUGAUGACUGUGUUGUUAUAGAGGACGACACACCUGCGCCUGCAGUUCAUGCCGGACAAGCGAUAAGUGAUUUAAAUAAAAGGAAAAAUAUGACACUGGAUUCGCCUCAACACUCGGACGAUUCACAACCGCCAAAUAAGCGUCAGCGUAGCAUGGGACCCAGCACACCUAUAUCUAUUAAAGAUGCACGUUCACUAAUGGCUCACGAUACCGCCGCAGCAACGGCUGCUGCUGUGGCUGCUGCGAAAAAAGUCGCAGAAGGUGGAAUAUACCCCGUAAAUAUUACGCCAGCAGCUGGUGUAGUAUCAAGCAGUGUGCUCCCGAAGUUAAUGCCCGUCUCAAAUACAGGUGGCAUGACUGUUGGAAAUUCCGGCGCGAUUAGUGCUACAUCUUUCACCGGCCUUGGUAAUGCAAAUGCGGCAAAUUUACUGCCGGGUCUAACGGAUGACAUGUUUGUACUUGAGGCACCUUCGUUUAUCGUACCUUAUAUUUAUGAGAAGCCACCGGUAGACAAUUUGAAGAAUAUAGUAAAAGAUAUCGAAAGCAAAUACAAGCUAACAAAAGAAGAUCUCGCUGAUGCAGAUAAAUCAGACGAAUUCGACAUGAUGACUGAGCAAAAUAAAGAGGACAAGGAUGAUAAGAGUAAUAAAAAGAAGAAGCGUAGGCGUGGUGGUGAUGAUCCCGAUGAGUCGUGGUCUGAGGAAUCUGAUGAUGAUGAUGAUGACGACGAUGAUGACGAUUCGGAAUCUGGAAUGCGUACGAAAGUUUUAAUCAAAGAAGUUUCCGAUGAUUUGCCCGCACUGAAAGGAGCUAUUAAACCCGCUGCAGCACUUGUACAAUCGCCUAGUAUGUCAACACAAAAUUCCACCGCUACAUCAAAGCCAGGGCAAGAAAAUUACUUUGAGAGUCCACUUGGCAAGUUUUUUAUGGACAUCGGUGUUGGUUUGGUUCAAGAGUUUGUGCAAUCCGAUUUAAUACGUUUGCAAAAGCGUAAAAUGCGUAAGAGUUUGGGUAAAAAUAUUACUGAGUUCGAACGUGCUAUCUCAGCACUUUCUGGAAAUCUGGAAGCAUCUCGAAAGAAGAAUGCGCCCUUCAAAUUCACUAUGAAACGGUGUGAAUUUUGUAAUUUCAAAUCGGAAUCUGCACUUUCCAUGGCAAAUCAUUAUGAAACGCCACAUAUGAACGGCGCUCUCUAUAAGUGUAACUUCUGCGCUUUUGAGAUACGUAACGCCACAGAAAUUGUCUAUCAUAUGGAGGCUAUACACAAUAUUAAAGCACGUCUUAUCAAGCCGCUGCCAUAUCACCAAUGUCCCAACUGUGGAUUCGAGGAUAAUGGGAAAGCUAAGUUGGGACGACAUCAGCCGGUUUGUGCCAAGAAAUUCCGGCCUGAAAUAAAUUUGGCACCGCCCGCUGACUGGGAGGCACCGGCGAAGAUACCACGUAUCAAACCACGCCAUGGUCUAGUGGGCACUGCGACCGCCUAUCAGGCAAUGGCCGCGCAAGCUGCAGCACAAAAGGCAGCACUUGCAUCUAUACAACAACAGCAACAAGCAGCAGUUCAAGCACGUAACAUGCAAGCGGCUGCUAUGGCUGCUCAAAACGCAGCGAAUAAAAUACGUGGUCGCCCUCCCGUUAUUUCGACUCAAAAAGGGGGCCCCUUACCAACUGGACCUCUGCUACGAGGACCCGCACCGAUUAGAUCUCAAAUGGCUACAAAUGUGGUGCAACCCAACAAUUACCAAGUACCCAGCGGACAGCUUUUACAGGCAGCUAACGCCUUCGCCAAAAAAACACUUUCCGGGCAACCUAGUAUUUCUAUAACGCCACUACCUCGCCAAAAUACCGCACAAGCGGUUGUGACAUCACCGUCGACAAGCAAAAUGCCACCGGGUGGUAUAAAGCCUGGUCAAAGUCCGAUGGGCGCUGCUGGAGCCAACAGUAAAGCACAGUUUGUCAUUUGCGAAAUUUGUGACGGUUACCUCAGGGAUUUGGAACAACUACGCAACCACAUGCAGUGGAUACACAAAGUUAAGAUACACCCGAAAAUGAUUUACAACCGGCCGCCAUUAAAUUGCCAAAAGUGUCACUUCCGAUUCUUCACCGAUCAGGGUCUAGAACGACAUUUGUUAGGCUCUCAUGGUUUGGUCACAAGCUCGAUGCAGGAAGCCGCAAACAAAGGAAAAGAUGCCGGCCGGUGUCCCAUUUGUGGCAGGAUGUAUCAAUGGAAGCUAUUGAAUCAUGUAUCACGCGAUCAUCAUAUGACAUUAAAACCUGCACAUUUAUCAUACAAAUGCACAGUUUGUACCGCAACAUUCGGUAUGUACAAACAGUUCGAGACACAUGUUUAUACGGCGCACAGUACAGUCGCAAAGAAGGCUAUGGAUGGUAAAAAGAAUAAUGCUUCCGCUGCGGCGUCAAGUGGCAGUAGUAUGCCGGCUAGUAGCAGCGGUAUGGGCUUAGGGGGUGGACUUAAUCAUCAACAGCGUAGCAGUUUAAUGGCAACGAAUGAUUCCCUACUGAAACCGCUAAAAAUUAAUGACGAAAUCACUAUUAUACCACAGCCAUCGUCAAAGCCACGUAUCACGAAUCUGGAGAGUCACAUCAUAGAUUAAAUGUAAAAGUGUUUCAACUAAAUGCGGCAGCAAGAAAUUAAAUAUGUACAGUGAUGGAAAAUCCAUUAUUGGUAAAAGCGUUCACUAAAUUUAUAUCUAAUUCAUCAGGUCGCAUUUCAUAAAUUGCUUGAUUCGGCGCUAAUACGCGAAUAGCGAUCGAAUCACACCUUUUACAGUAUAUACAAACACAUACAUAUAUGUAUAAGCAGCUGUAAAAUACUAACAGCAGCAGAUAAGCUACGCUAUACCCCAAUAAUAAGGAAGAACUAUUUGACUCUAAGAAGAACGGAAAAUGGGCUGCUCUACCAACGGGCCUUACAAGAUAUCACUAUACCAUUAUGGAUGGAAAAGUGAAUUGGAAGUUGGACGCUUGCUCAGCCUGAAAAUAUUUAACAAAAAAAAAACUUGCUUUUAUAUAAUUUAUGUAAAAGCAAAAAUACAAUAUUUGAAAGGGUGUAACUGCUCUUCACUGUGGUGGUAAGCAGACACACAUUUCGUGUUUUUGAGGGUACAUAAAUAUUUAUUUAUUAAUUCUGUUAGUUUGUAAUAAAUAAUAAAAAAAAAUGUGAAAGCCAGCGGUAAGCAGAUUAAUGGCGUGUAAAUUAGUAAAAUAACAAUAAAGGAAAGAAAAACAAAAGUA